AUGAAGGGGAGGGCCGCGGCCUUUUACCAGCAGAUGGACACUCGACGCUCCGUUAGGCACUUCAGUUCGGACCCAGUCCCCCAGGAAGCGAUAGAGAACAUCGUGCUGGCUUCGGGGACUUCCCCCUCUGGAGCGCACUCUGAACCCUGGACCUUUGUGGUGGUGAAAGACGCGGAAAUCAAGAAGAGGGUGCGAGAGAUUGUGGAGCAGGAAGAGUAUCUCAACUACGAUCGACGGAUGGGCGACAGAUGGGUCCGAGAUAUAAAGUUCGUUCCAGACCACUCACGAGAAACCGUACCUCGAAACGGCUCCGUAUCUGAUUGUGGAGUGGCCUUGAGGGAGCUACUGGGGAGACCAGACAAUGAAAAAGUCAUGCUCUUGCUUCCCGUUGGCUACCCUGCCCAUGAUGCAACUGUCCUGGAUCUGAAGAGGAAGACCCUUGAUCAAAUCAUGAUCACGAAGUGAUUCUGAUAACCAACUUUGAUGACCAACUUGAUCUUGACUAUAUAUGCACGCAUUAAUUAUGAUGUACAGGUUAAUUCUGAUAUAAACUGAACGUUUCUAUAAUGUAGUGUGUCGUUUAUUGGUAACUGACUCAAAUCUUCAAACAUUAUUUUGUAUAUAUGCUUGUCUACAAACUGUAAAUCCAUGACAUUCUAUACAUCUUUUGACAUUAAAAAUGCAGUGACUGUGACUGAGUGCGUCGUGCUACAAGUAAUCUUCUCUGCUGUAAUUUCCAAACAUGUCUGGAAAUUCAAACGUCCCUCCAUCC